GCAUUACAGUAGGCGUGGCUGGAGUGGCGGGAACAUUGAGUGUGUGGCACAGCAGCGGCAGGGUACGGUGCAGUGCAGGCUGCCCGCGGUGGCUGGUUGGGCAGUAGUGGGCAGUUACCGGUAGAGCUGGCAGUGCCCGUGCACCUGGCAUUAGAUCGCAUUGAGCGAUAAGGGGAUCACCACGCUCUCCCUCCCGCCCUCUGCAGCGGUAAUCGGAUUCCCCCAUCCUCCUGUAUAAUCCGCUGUCACUGCGGCCAGGUGACAGCUCCUCUCCGCCGCUGCCGGGGCGUCACACUCUGCCCCACGGAUCUGUCCUGGGCUAACAUGUACCGCAAGCAGCGGGGAGUCCCCGCCUCAGGCGCCCCAUACCCGGACCACCCGCCGGCACACCCGGGGGAGGAGGCGGACAGGAAGAUCUCCAAGUUUCAAAUAAACAAACUAAGAAACUUGACAGAUGAUGUGUUGGAUAGAUUUGCCAGCAUUAGGAUCCCAGGUAGCAGAAAAGAGAGGCUUAAUCUGCAUUACAUGAAAAGCUCCAACAGUAGCAGUGACUGGUCUGCGUCCUCAGAAUAUGAAGAGUUCCCUCCAAAGCAACUGUCUGAGAAAGAAAUUUUGGCACUCUUUGAAAAAAUGAUGCUCUCGAGAGGCAGAUCACAGAUGCUAACAGGUAGUAGAAGUCCACACAGAUUUCAGGGAGUCAAGUCUAGAGGCCUGAUAAAGGCUAUUGCAGCAUUAACGAGGAGGUGCAUCAAGGAAGAUAUGAACUUAAAUGAAGACAGAAAAACACCAUUGCGUGAGAAAGACUUUGCUACCAAGAGAGAGAUGGUCAUGCAGUAUGUUAGCGCUGCUUCAAAUGCUGGGAGCCUCAAGAGCAGCAGACAGAUCUCACCGCAGGAAUUCAUUCAUGAACUGAAAUCAGGCUCUACAGAUGAACGACUUGUCUCUUACUUAGACUCCCUACGGGUUUCUCUGACCAGCAACCCAGUCAGCUGGGUUGAAAGCUUUGGACAUGAUGGCCUUGGUUUGCUGUUGGAUAUUUUAGAAAGAAUGGUUGUUGGAAAACGCCAUGAAAAAAUAGAAAAACGGAUUCAACACAAAGUCAUACAGUGUCUGAAGGCAUUCAUGAACAACAAGCAUGGCUUAGAGAGAAUCAUGGGAGAAGAAAGGAGUCUAUCAUUGUUGGCCAAAGCCAUGGAUCCCAAGCAAGCCAACAUGAUGACUGAUGUUGUCAAAUUAUUGUCUGCUAUAUGCAUUGUAGGAGAAGAAAACAUUCUUGAAAAAGUCUUGGAUGCCAUAACCACAGCUGCAGAAGAAAGGGGGAUUGUCAGGUUUAGCCCAAUUGUUGGAGGUCUUCAACAUAACACUGUACAACUGCAGGUGGCUUGUAUGCAGCUUAUCAAUGCACUGGUAACAUCGCCGGAUGAUCUGGACUUCAGGCUUCACAUCAGAAAUGAAUUUAUGCGCUGUGGAUUGAAAGAGAUAUUGCCACAAUUGAAGCAUAUCCGGAAUGAUGCUUUGGAUAUCCAGCUGAGAGUGUUUGAUGAACACAAGGAGGAAGACAUGAUCGAGUUUUCUCACCGCCUUGAUGAUGUUCGUUCUGAAAUGGAUGAUGCUAGUGAUGUUUUCAGUGUUCUGUGGAGUUCCGUCAAGAGCACAAAUUCAGAAGGAAAUUUCCUUUCCAUUCUACAGCAUCUUCUAAUAAUUCGAAAUGAUUAUUUUGCAAAACCACAGUAUUUCAAAAUAAUUGAAGAGUGUGUAUCCCAAAUAGUUUUACAUCGAAGUGGUGUAGACCCUGAUUUCACAUACAGAAAAAGAUUAGAUGUGGAUUUUAGUUACUUGCUGGAUGUCUGUAUUGACAAAGCAAAGACUGAAGAAUUUGAAGAGCGAUAUCUGGAAAUGAACAAAAAAUAUGAAGAAGAAUUUACAAUUCGCCAAGAGACUCAGUCCCAAUUGCAGAAAAAUGAAGGAAAAAUCAAUGAACUUCAAGCAGAAUUACAGGCUUUUAAAUCCCAGUAUGGAAUCCCUUUUGAACCUGGAAGUGCACCACAGAAAGGGGCUACUGUUUGUCCACCUUCUGGUAUUCCUGUGCCUCCACCAGCAGCACCAUCAGCUGGACAUGUGCCUCCACCGCCACCACCACCACCUCCUCCUCCAUUUCUCUUGGCAGGAGGAGCACCAGGUGCUCCACCACUACCUGGAGUUUUUUCAGGACAUCACUCUCCUCCGUUGAAGUCUCUUCCAUUUGGCUUAAAACCUAAAAAAGAAUUCAAGCCAGAAGUUGGGAUGAAGAGACUCAAUUGGCAAAAAAUUAGACCCAAUGAAAUGACUGAGACUUGUUUCUGGUUGAAUGUAAAGGAGGAAAAAUAUGGAGAUACAGAUUUAUUCUGUCAACUUGAAAAUACAUUUUCAUGUCAAAGGAAAGUUAAAAAAGAUGAAGAAUGUGAAGAGACUGUUUUUACCAAGAAGCGAAUAAAGGAACUUAAGGUGUUGGAACCAAAAAUUGCCCAAAAUUUAUCUAUUUUCUUGGGUUCAUACCGCUUGCCUUAUGAAGAUAUCAAAAAAAGUAUCCUAGAAAUUGAUGAAACACAUCUGUCAGAAUCUAUGGUUCAGAACUUAAUAAAACAUAUGCCUGAACAAUCUAAGUUGACGGCUUUGGCCAAACUGAAAAGUGAAUACAGCAGCUUGUCAGAACCAGAACAAUUUGGUGUUGUGAUGAGCAGCGUGAAGAAGCUCAUUCCACGUCUCAAUGCAAUUCUAUUUCGCCUUCAAUUUGAAGAGCAAGUAAACAACAUCAAACCAGAUAUUAUGGCUGUCAGUGAAGCAUGCGAGGAGAUAAAGAAAAGCAGAAGCUUCGCUAAACUGCUGGAGAUAGUGUUACUCAUAGGAAACUACAUGAAUGCUGGAUCUCGGAAUGCACAGACCUUCGGAUUUAACCUCAGCUCUCUUUGCAAACUGAAAGAUACUAAAUCAGUCGACCAGAAAACAACACUUCUUCACUUCUUGGCUGAAGUAUGUGAAAGGAAGUUUCCAGAUGUACAGAUAUUUGUUGAGGAUAUACAGACUGUAGAUAAAGCAAGUAAAGGUUCUGCUGAGAAUUUGGAAAAGACCAUGAAACAAAUGGAACUUCAGCUCCAGCAACUUGAGAAGGAUUUGGAGACCUUUCCCCCUCCUGAUGAUGUACAUGACAAGUUUGUGACAAAGAUGUCCAGUUUUGCAGUGUGUGCAAGAGAGCAGUUUAAGAAGCUGUCACGAAUGUAUGAAAACAUGGAGAAGCUAUAUCGAAGUACCAUGGAGUAUUAUGUUCUUGAUACAAAGAAAGUUUCUGUGGAGGAGUUUUUCACAGAUCUGAACAACUUCAGAACAAUGUUUAUGCAAGCAACUAAAGAGAAUAUUAAAUGGAGAGAGGCAGAAGAGAAGCAGAAGAGAGUCAGACUAGCAAAGGAAAUGGCAGAAAAAGAGAGAGAAGAAAGGCAGAGAAAGAAGAAGCGUCUUCUGGAAAAGAACAGAGAGGGUGAGGAGACUGGAGUGAUGGAUAGCCUGCUGGAGGCCCUGCAAUCCGGAGCUGCUUUCCGAGACAGGAGAAAACGGACUCCACGGCCCAAAGAUAUACAGGACAAUCUCAGUCCAUCAUCAGGGAGACCUGUGCUAAAGGCUUGUAACCAUGAAAACCAAAAACCUCAAUUUGAGAGGUCCCGUUCACGACCAAAUAUACACUCUGCUGCUGCACGGGCUCCAGUUGCUAAGGAACUUAGUUACGACUUGGAAUCCCAUUCUUCUAAAACCUGGAACAAGGUUACCACUAGACAUGAGGUGUGCAGCUCGGAAGGGCACAGAGACAAAGGGGCAGGUCAUGGCUCUGCUGCCAAGGCAGAAUCAAUGACGGAAGUGGAAGCUCUCCUUGCAAGGCUGCGCGCUCUAUAGCAAAGUGGUCCACUCUGCUUUUACCCAAAGGACUAGUUAAAAGAAAAAAUGUGGACAAUAAACUCCAAGAGCGUAUGUAAAACCUAUCCUAUCAAAAACAUUGCUCUGUUCCAAAAAUAUCCUGCCUUAUUUUAUCCAGUGUACCUGUAAACUGCAAUCUUACUCCUCAGUGUCCAGCAAUGACCACUUCAUGAUGUCUUUUGAUAGUCUUGGACUAUGUGCUAUUAUUUAGUUUAAACCUUUUGUUUGGGCGCUGUCAGUUUCUCCAUAGAGGUCAAAAUUAUUUUACAAAAGGAAUGAAGCAUUUUCUGAAACAAACUAGGAGAAGAGGCAAAUUAAUGUGUGCAGGCAAUGUCCCAUCAUUUCAUUCCUCAUCAGAUCAGUGACAACAAAGUCUGAUGUCAUGGGCCAUGGUUUUGGUUUUGCUUACAGAGACUUGUAUAGAAAAGAAAAUGAAAAAUCAAACUCUUUUAUGGUAGAAAUUUGUUCUGCCUUGCAUUUAAUCUCCAGUAUAGUUAAGUUUAUUAUAAGCAUGUUACUGGAUAGAUAAAUCAUGAGCUCUACUACAUUGUGGAUCAAUGAACGUGUAAUGAAAAGUUUGAGGCAAACAUUUAAAACAUAUGCAUUAUCUCUGUAGAGGGCAGCAAUAUGUACAGCAGGCUACAGAUUACAUAGCAUUAGGAGUUUGGGAAAAUAGUGGUGCCUCAAUAAGGAUUGUCUCUGUAUAUCUGCUUUAUGACAUUCCAUUAUUCACAAUGAAUAUUACCAUUAGCAAGACCAUCCUUUGCCCUAUUGCUGCCUCAGCCGAUGCUGGGCACCGCAUCACCACUCACAAUAGACAGAUACUUGGCUUAGAGUAAAGAAAUAAAAGAAACAUUUAAUGAUAUUGGUUUGAGCCUAGCUUAAUUGAUAAGUGUCCUUCGCCCUCUAUCCCACAGUUUUGUGUUUCUUAGAGAGAUGCCAGAGGCAUGCAGUUACAGAUCAAUGAAUGAUUGGACUGGUUGCUUGCCGCAUCCUGCAUCUGGAUGGUGUUUCAGUGUGUAUGGGAAUACUCCACUGGUUCACUCAUCAUACAGGUGUUGGUGGUGGAUGCAAUCCAGCCAUUCACUGCCUGGUCCCAGCAUGCCUCCUUCCUCAGCUCAUGGAGCAUGCUAGUGACAGCAGUGACAGACCAGGUCACACAGAUACCACCCAUCAUAAUAUAUAUAUAUAUAUUGCAAAGGUCCUGCACUCAAACUCUUUAAUCAUUGA